AUGUCAAUCGACCUUUAUCUUUAUUUGCGUUUCUACACUAACGAGUGGUCUUUGUGCCGAAAAGAAGGUAGGAUAUGUGAUGGUUAUCGUUGCUCAGAGUGUGCCUAUUUCACGGCGCACAAGGAAUGUGCGGAAUCCCCACCAGAGAUCGAAUCCCCUUCUCACCCUAAACACCCUCUCAAACUCCUUAGGUCCGAGGACUACUUUUUCAAGCCGUGUGAUUGUUGCAGAGAAUAUACUUCAGAAGUGGCAUACCAUUGUUCGGUUUGUGACUUUUGGGCGGACGUAUAUUGUGCGAGGAACCCACCAACGCUUUCGUUUUUAAGCCUUACCACCCAUGAACACAUCCUAACCCUCUUGCCCAUAAAAAUCUCCUUCACUUGCAAUGCUUGUGGGAUGGAUGGUUAUUGGAGCCCUUAUGCCUGCCUUCAAUGCUAUUUCGUGAUUCAUAUUCAGUGCAUUGACUUACCCCGUAUCAUAAACAUCAACCGCCACGAUCACCGCAUUUCUCGCAUGUAUUGUCUUGAUCCGGAGGAUCCCGACCCUGUGUGUGGAGUGUGUCGUAGACCAAUUGAUAGGAGGUAUGGAGCUUACUCUUGCCAUAGUUGCCCUCAAUAUGCCGUUCAUUCAAGAUGCGCAACAUUGGAAAAUGUGUGGGAUGGGAAUGAGCUCUAUUGGAAACCUGAAGAAGUUGAGGAUGUUGAGCCAUUCAAGGUGAUAGCUCACAAUGUGAUAGAGCAUUUUAGUCACAAACAACACCAUCUGAGGUUUAUGGAGGAUGGCUAUGGCUGCGAGGCGAGCAUACGUUGCAAAGCAUGCAUACGUCCUAUCAACUCAAGUUCGUUAUACAGUUGUAUGAAAUGUGAUUUCUUUCUUCAUGAAAGGUGUGCUAAUCUUCCCCUGAAGAAACGGCAUAUGGUGUUUGGGCAGCAACUUUUUUUACACGCCAAUCCAGCGCCUUAUCUUUGGUCGUGGUGCUACGUAUGUGAGCAAUUCUCUGAUGGUUUUAAGUACAUUACUAGCGAUAAUGGAUUCACAAUAGAUGCACAAUGCAGCUCAAUCCGUGAACCAUUUGAUAUUGAAUGCCAUCAUCAUCCCUUAUACUACACUUCGAGCGAGACCGGACGUUGUAAAGCAUGUGCCAAAUUGAAGAUGUAUGUGCUCAGGUGUGUAGAAGAUGGUUGUGAAUAUGCUUUGUGCUUCGGAUGUGUUGGUUUGCCAUCAACGGUAAAGCACGACUGCGACGAUCAUCCCCUCGUCCUAUGCUACGGGGAAAAGCAAGAAAGGGGAAAAUAUUGGUGCGACAUUUGCGAGGAAAAAACUGACCCUAACUUAUGGUUCUACAUAUGCAACCACUGUGGCCUCACGUUGCAUGUCGGCUGUGUUCUUGGAGAAGAUUUGGCAUAUUUCGAGCCAGGAAGCUUGAUCCCACGCCCUCUAAAUAGCGGCGGCGAGGAGGCAUACGAAGUUGUUGCCAACAAAGGAAGUCAACGACCACUUUGUUACAACUGCAGCAGACGUUGCAUGUCCUCCGUCGCUCUAAAGAAGCGUGAUGGCACUGGUCGAUAUCUCUGUUCAUACAAGUGUUACAGUGUUUUCGGCUGA